CCAGCACACAACCCUCAGCCUCCCGCCGCGCCCGCCUGCCCUGGCUACGCGCCCGCCCGAGACCCGCCCCCGCGCCGAGGAGGCGAGGCAAGGCGGGGCCGGACCCCGGGGCUGGGCGGAAGCGCGGUGUCCGGCCGAGAGCGGCAGGCUGGUCGCGGUGUGCGCGUUCUCCGAAGGGAGCCGGUGAGUAUUUUUCAAAGGUCAUCUGUGAGAAGUGGAGAAAUGGCUAAAUCGACCCAGCUAAUUGACAAUGAAGUCUUCCGUGCUUAUGCUACCUAUGCAGCUAUUGUUCUUAUAAAAAUGAUGCUUAUGAGCCUUAUAACUGCAUACUUCAGAAUCACAAGAAAGGCAUUUGCCAACCCAGAAGAUACAGCAUCAUUUGGUAAAGGUGACAGUGCUAAAAAAUUCCUGCGGACUGAUGCAGAUGUUGAACGUGUACGCAGAGGCCACCUGAAUGACCUUGAAAACAUUGUCCCGUUUUUUGGCAUUGGACUGCUGUAUGCUCUUUGUGGCCCUGAUCUGUCCACGGCCUUGCUGCAUUUUAGGAUCUUCACAGGGGCAAGGAUCCUUCACACUUUUGCAUACUUGAUCCCUCUUCCCCAGCCCGGCAGAGGUUUGUCUUGGGCAGUUGGGUAUGCAGUUACCAUCUCAAUGGCAUACAAAGUGCUGAGUAAAGCAUUGUACCUGUAGCUGAAUCAUAGCUUCUGUACAUCACUUGACAUUCCACACAAAGUUUCCAGUGGUUAGUGUUUUGAAUGAGCUGUCAUAAGUUUUACAGAGUGACUGGAAUUCAUUUUUCAAUAGAAGUUUUUCAUUCCUGUUUAGAAAUAUUUCUUUUUGGAGGAAAAAAAAAAUCCCUUUUCCUGUAUUCCCUAUUCAUGGACUGCGCUGCCAAAAUAUUAGAUUGAAUGUUCUGUUUGCUAUUUGUCAAGUGCUUAUGAUUCUAAACAUACGAUGAUGUUGUAUUGAUAGCAUGUGUGGUAAUUUUCUACAGAUGCACUAUUUUUGGCUGUAGCUCUGAAGUCUAAAUCAAUAAAGACAAGAUGAAAAAAAA